UUUGUAGGAUGGUAGGGGAAAGUCCCGCCCUCCUUCGCCUCUAAUUGGCCAGAAGUGCUGGGCUCCAAUUGGUUAUUCUUUAUGACUGUGAAACGUCACGGUCUGUCGGGUUAUGGUUAGGUUAAGGGUUAAGAUUAGGGUUAGGAUUAGGGUUACGUUAGGGUUAGGAGAUUCAGAAGUGCGAUAAUGUUCUGUAAUGUUCUGUUUGAUGUACAGAGCCGACAGCCCGCAUUUGGUUUGCGCGUGUGAUGACGUUUCUAGCCAAUGAGAGGCGAAGGAGGGCGGGACCUUACCCUACCGUCCUACGAAAAAAACAUUCUGCUUCCGGGACGGAUCGAGUAGGGAAUAUUGGACGGAUCGGGUAGCGACAGUCGUAAAACGCAAGAAGUUGCUGCAGCUGAAGUGAUUUCUGUUUCAAGUGCCGUAUUAGGUGAAGGUAUGUUUAAGAAUCUUUAAAACACGUCAAAGCCUCAGAUUGUCAGACGUAGAGGGUAGAAAAGUGUGUAUCGUUAAAUGAGGUUAGCAUACUUUAGCUGGUGCCUUAAUAUGUGUUGUUGUGAGACCUGAAACAAUGAUCGCUGAGGUUCUUCUCCUGUGUUUUAUGUAUAGUAACUGCUUACGUGUAUUUGUUUUUAAAAUAACAGCAUGUUUACUCUUGUGUUGCAGCAGCUAACUGUGCAGAAAUGGAGGCUGCAGGGGGAGAGGAGAGUAUGGGAGCAGCAGCAGCAGCAGAGGAGCCGAGCCUUUCAAGACCAGUGCGGACUCCUGCAAAGCCAGUCUGGACUUCACUGGAAGAGGCAACCCAGAUGAAAACAGAAGGAAACGCGUUUUAUAGAGAGAGAAACAUUCGCUCUGCCAUCGGGCGCUAUCACCGUGCUCUGCUGGUCCUCAGAGGCCUGGACUCAGAUGUAAUGGCCUCAGUGGAAGGGUUCGGACCACAGGCACCUGCUCUGACACCCGAACAGGAGACUGUACUGAGGAAUACUCAAGUGGACUGCUACAACAACUUAGCUGGUAGAUAAAAACACAUGGGGGGGGGAAACUGCACUAAAAUGACAACAUAAACAUUCAUAAUAACACGAAAACAAACACAGAUUCACUGUGAAGAGAUUUGAUAAAACAACAGCCAGCCAUUCAUGGAAAGCUGUGAUUUCAGGGCUCCACUUGGCUAGUGUUUACAGUAUGAACCACCUCCUCUAUUAUAACAGAACAAGGGUCAAUUUAAAAAGUAGUCUUCACCCUAGACCAGGGGUGGGCGACCAUGUGCCACAGAGAGCAGAGAGGCUGCAGGUUUUCUUUCCAGCCCAAAACUCCACCAGGUCAGUGAAAUCACCUGGUGGAGUUUUGGGCUGGAAAGAAAACCUGCAGCCUCUCUGCUCUCCGUGGCACAUGGUUGCCUACCCCUGCCCUAGACUUUACCUCCUUCAUUAUAACAGAACAGGGGUCAAACAAAAAUAUAUAUACUUCAUAUUUCUGCAGUUGUAGUUAGCAGCUUGGUGAUUCAAUCAGUCAAUCCAUUUUUAUUUAUAUAGCGCCAAUUCACAACAGCCGUCAUCCCAAGACGCUUUCCAAAGAAAAAGAGCAGGUCUAGACCACGCUCAUUGUUUGAUAAAUUAUCAAGACCCAACCUAAGAUGGGAUUUGGCCCAGUCACUGUAAGAAGUUGGCAUAAUUUAGCUGGUGCCACGAAGGUCCUCUUAAUCAACACAAGAGUCAGUUCCUGUGUGGCCUGUGGACUGUACUUGCAUGAGGGAUCUUUGACAUUUUGUCUCUAAGUAUGUUGUUAUGGAUUGUGAAAGAGUUGUGGCUUUACCAGCCAGAUUGCAUCUGCCAGGACUCCACCAGCAUACCAUUGUCACAUCACACAAUGGCUAGAAAACUAGAUCCACAAGGAGGUCGUAGUUUAAUUUAAUUGUAAACAGGCCCUGAAAGAACACCCUUCUGAAAUAAAGCAGUGGUCUCGUUCAAAGGAGCUCAUUCUUAGUGUAUUGCGUUGGCUAGUGUAUGUAGUUUAUUUAAUAUUUUUAUUAGAUAUGCACAUGUAUUUCUCUUUCAGCCUGUUUGCUGCAGAGACAGAAAGUUGACUACACUCGUGUGAAAGACUACAGCUUGCGGGUCCUGCAGUGGCGACCAGGUGAUGUCAAAGCACUAUACAGGGCGGGAGUAGCUACUCUGGAGAUGGGAGAUGCACAGACCGCCCAAAAGUACCUCUCUCAGGCCUGCAGAGCUCAGCCUAAUGGUAAGGAAAGAGCUGGCACACCAGGACCACCCACAUGAUUUUAGUACCUUUGUCAAAGUGUACCCAAGAUGUGUCAGGCCAGUUGUGUUCUAGAUGUGUUUUGACAGCACUGAAAGCUCAACAGGUAGUCAUAAUAGUCACAUGAAGAGGUGGCAGCGAGUCUCUGCACUGAAUAUACUGAUCCUGUUCCCUGCCUCAUGAUUAAUAUCCAUCUAAAAUUUAAAGAAAAAAGUGACAAUGGGCUCAAAUGGUAACUCCUACUAUGAUAUUGAUGACAUGACCACUUACCCAUCACAUGUCUGGUCCCCAUAUCAUAUUGUGAGCCUGCAACAGUGCCAUAAUGCCUUUGUGCUAAUUCAAAACGGCACAUUGGAGUCCAACUGCAUGAUUUCUCAUGACAUUGUGGUGUUACUUAAGCACACAUAAAGUUAGAUAAACUGUACGUGCACACACUCAGAUGUAAGCGAGCAGACAGCACUGUACCGCCAGUUCACAGUGAUGCUUUCUCACCUCUGCAACACUUCUUUUACUAUUGAUGCCAGUGGUACGACUUAGACCCACCCUCUCGGCUCUGUUACGUUCAUAUUCGAGAUAAAAUGUUCCAGGAACAAUUCACUUGUCAGUUAAUUUACUGUUUAUUUUACAAGACCUAGUACAUGACAAGACAAGACAGGUUUAUUUAUAAACUAUUAAAAACAAAACCUGUGUUUUUCUGUUACAGAUGCCAAUGUGAGGAAGCAUCUACAACGGGCAGAAGAGAAGCUGAAUAGAGACCUACAAAAAGAAAAGGCGAUGUGCCAAGGCAUGUUUUCCUCCAGCCUGAAAAGCAGCUCUGCAGAACAGAUUACUAAAACCCACCGGACAGAUGAGGGUGUCUAACCUGCUGAUGAAGACCGCAUCCUGAGACAGACUGUUUUUGGCCUCAAUUAAACGGAGACCAACUACUGAAUAUUCUCACACCUUAAAUUUCUGUUAAGAUCUCCAGUAAGGAUAGGGACAAAUGCUCAAGUACUCGAGUCCUCCUUGUUACCAUCACAACUUACGCAUGCCGCAACUCAAUUAGCUUACAUGUACAUGCAUCAUGUCACCACAGACUCAUGGACCGGAAUCACCACUAAAUCAUGCUUUACUAUCACUUGUCAUUUAAUGCACUACUGGAAACUGAAGCCAGCUGUCCUUCAGACAUACAGUACCUGAUGAACAGUAACCAAAGUAAUUUGAUUACUCAAACACAGGGUUUACUGGGAAUGGUCAUCCCAAAUCCCCGGUCGAUCUUUAUGAGGCAGAAAUGUGCUUCAUACAGAAUACUGAAGAGCAGUCAUUUGGAAAGUAAAGAUGAUGCUACUGAAAAUAGAAAGGAGAGAAAGAGAGUGUCAGUUUCCUAGCAACAGGGACACAAUGCUGAUUUUUAGUCCACAAGUGCAAGAGUUUGGAUACUUCACAAAAAUGCUCUUGGAGGCUAAAUCAUGACUCUUUGUGCACUAUUUCAAGGUCUGUUAAUGCUGUCUUGCCUGCUGCCUGAUUGGUGCUGUGAAUGUCCAUUAAAUGAUUACUCUUUUCUUUCAAAUAAAGUAUUUUUUAUAAAUGCCUGGG